AUGCAUGGCCGACCACUCCGCAGUGAGCCAUGCACUUUGCUUGGUCGUGUCGGCAACAAGCUGCUCAAAGACACGUACAAGGAAGAGGCAGACGAUGAGGAGGCUCAAGUGCAGGCAGAGCUGUGCAAACAGCGGCACAUCUUGUGCAUUGGAAACGACAACUACAGGACUCGAACCGUCUUAAGCUCAGCUGCUUCGGGGGCAAAGAACGUUCACGACCUCUUCAACAAGUUGGCAUUCACCUGCAGCCUGUGCCAAGAUACCACCACUUCUACCCUUCGACGCAAGACUCGAGAUUUCGUGGACGGGCUUACGGACGAAACCAAAUUUGCGGUGCUGUAUUUUGCUGGACAUGGUGAUGAAAAGGAUGAGGAGCAAAGGCUUCUUGCAAUCGAUGCUGUUGACGAUGCCAGGCAGGCAGCGGAUGGCCCAUCCGACAUGACAGUCAAUGAGAUUCUGAAGUUGUUUGUGGAGUCCGGUGCUGCCAGAAAUGCCACUUUCCUUUUGAUACUGGAUUGCUGCCGGGAUCGACCUAAGCUUCCCGAAGUCAGCCGGCGCAAAGGAGUGAAACUGCUUUCAAAAUGUGUGAAUGCGAAGCGACAGCUGGCAGUCCUGUUCUCUUGCCCAUCUGGUGGUUUGGUGCUGGACAAGAUGGGAUCAAUCAAGAAGAGCCCAAUGGAGUUUAUGCUGACAAAAGUUCUCUCCUCAGGGCUGCAGCCAUUGUCUCUUCAAACGCUUCCUUCAGUCAUCGCAGAACUGUUCGACAGGAUAGUCGAAAGGAUUCCUGAAGUCAAGUUUCGGCUGCAACCGAUUGCAGAGCUUUGGGUACAGAACACCCAUGCAGAUGCAGAAGAGGAAGCAGAGCUGUUCAUGAGCCCCAAAGGUGUGAUGGAGUGGCGCCGCUUGCGUUCAGCAUGGAGAGAAAUAUGCAUUGAAGAGGAAACUUAUGGCUCAACAACAAGUACAUGCAAGAAGUUGAAGACACAGAAACGUGCUGACGAGAUAAAGUCCACUGCAGAGCAAGCAUCGCACAGGCGAUCGAUCGAUACAAACCGUCCGAGCGUCGCAGCCAUUGAUGAGAUGUUGCUGUCAGGCCGCCGUGAUGCCUUACUGGAGCUGCUGGAGUGCCGCAGGUGCUUACUCCAGGAGCACGAGGCCUUAAAGCUGAAAGCGACGCAGGCCACAGCUAUCAGAGUCGUUUCCGAAGCAGUCUACCUUGCACUAGAUAGACUCUGGGAGCGGACUCGCCGGCAAGCAAGCGAGCAGCGCGAGCACCUGGAACAGCGCAGACAUGUGGCAAGCUUAAAGGAUACCUUGGCUAAGGAUGUCGGGAAGUGGGACGAAAUGAGCGAGUGGUUGCUGGGAAUGGCUCUGCAUGUAUUGAAUCAUCCAUCAGACUCAGAGUCGCAUGAGCAUGAUCGGCGGCAUGAUCGGCGGCAGCUGGCAGAAAGCAUCCGAAAUUUUCUGGCGACAGUCAACGAGGCCGUGAGGAACUCGUGUACUGGACAGGAGGCUACACAAGCUAUCACUGUCCGGGAGGACCUUCCUCCCCUUGCAGCAGCUGCGGUAGCGUUUCUGCUGGCCCCUUUCUUGAUUGUGGGGGCCCUUGCAGCGGGAGCCGCAGGCGCAUUCACGGGCACUGUUUUGGAAAGACGUGGGCGCCCGGAUGACGACCCUUGA